AUCCUGAUCCAAUCGGCAGCAGCAUUGUUAGCCUGCCUACGGAGCACUCCCAUCUUAUCUCGCCGCUGAGACUGAGACAGAGUGAGAGACGACGUCAGGAGAGUCGCAGAGAAGGGGGGGGGGAAAGGAAUCUAUGGCGUCGGCGCUGGCGGCGAGGAGGGCGAGGGGCUCGGCCGCGGUGCUGUGGGGCGCGGCGAGGGGGUUCGCGUCGGUGGGGUCCGACAUCGUCUCGGCGGCGCCCGGCGUGUCGCUGCAGAAGGCGCGGUCCUGGGACGAGGGCGUCGCCUCCAAGUUCUCCACCACGCCUCUCAAGGACAUCUUCUGCGGGAAGAAGGUGGUCAUCUUCGGCUUGCCUGGGGCAUAUACAGGAGUUUGUUCACAAUCACAUGUUCCUAGUUACAAGAACAACAUUGAUAAGUUGAAAGCAAAAGGGAUUGACUCUGUUAUCUGUGUAGCUGUGAAUGACCCGUAUGUCCUGAAUGGAUGGGCAGAAAAGCUACAGGCUAAAGAUGCAAUUGAGUUCUACGGUGACUUUGAUGGGAGUUUCCACAAAAGUUUGGAUUUGGAGAUAGACCUAUCUGCUGCUUUGCUCGGCCGUCGAUCUCACAGGUGGUCGGCUUUCGUUGAUGAUGGCAAGAUCAAGUCAUUCAAUGUUGAGGAAGCACCCUCCAAUUUCAAGGUUUCUAGCGCGGAGGUGAUUCUUGACCAGAUCUGAGCUUACCAACGAACCUGGGAUGCCUUCAGUUUGCUCGUGCAGCAUGCUUGCUCAGCUGCAGUAAAUAAAUGAAAACUCCUUUUAUCUUUGUAAAGAACUAAAGAUGCUAGGUGCUCCCAUAUACUGUCUCGGAUACACUGCAGUGUCUUGAGUCUUCGACUGGACCGUGAAGGACUUGAGUAUUUCUGUAUUUGAUGCCCAAGUGGAAGCCUGACCAAGUGCCAAGUGACCAUGGCGUCUUCUGGCUUCAUCUGGCUAGGCACGUCUCCGUUUCAAAUUCGGCAUCUCGCCACGCUGCAA